AUGGGGCUCCUGCGCGUUUGGCACCUGGCUGGCCCUUCAUGCUGUUGCAAGGCGCGCGUCCUCACCAAGGGAGCCGAACUGAGACCGGAUCCAUCCUGGUGGCCGGAGCUGGGACGAUGCCAUUUGGUGGCUCAGUUGCGAUCCAACGAGCCGUUUCUGGCCCUGGACCGGCUCUGGGCGUUGCUGCACUUGCGCCCGGAGCAAGCGAACAUGGCCACCCCGGAGGGGAAACCCAUGACGCUGGCGGUGAAGAAAGGCUGCCGCGGCUGCGCCGAGCUCCUGCGUCUGCACGGCGCCGUGUUGUCGCCGGGCGCGGCCAAUGCGCUGCUCUACGAGGCCGCGGCGGCAGGCAACUCCAGAUGCUUGGAGCUGCUACUGCUGGACGCGGCGGGACGUCCCCGGGCGAAUCCUUGGGCAUCGCCCAAUGCCAGACCCUUCAAGACAUGGGAUGGCCGGCUGGCGCACGGAGGCACGGCCCUGGAUGCGUCGGAGGUGAAGCAGCACAGCCUUUGUGCAUCGCUGCUGCGCCGCGCAGGGGGGCGCCACUCCAUGCAACGUGCCGCAGAACUGGCGCUACCCGAGAUGUUGCAGCAAUGGUUGCUGGAGGGCGCAGAUGUCGAGGAGAGGGACAGCAGUGGCGCGACGCCCCUCUGGUUGGCUGCCAAGGGGACCAAAUGCCCGGCCAGCGAGCUGCAGAGAAGCGAAUGCAUUGAGCUCUUGCUUGCGGCCAGGGCCACCGUCGACGCUUUGCCAAUCACACAGGAGACACCGUUAAUGGUGGCGGCGCAGCGGGGCUCUGUGGCGCACUGCCAGCUUUUGCUGCAGGCGCAGGCCGAUGUGCUGCACCAGGACCGCCGCGGAAAGCGGGUGGUGCAGCACGCUGUUCACAGCGCAGCGCGACAGCUGUUGCAACGAGCCGCCCUGCAAGGUGAGGCGAAUUUGGCUGGACCUGAAGGGUUCGACGGCCCCGUGCUCAGCCCAGCGCCCAUGGUGCCCAUGAUGCAGGGCCAAGAAGGCCGCAGUUGCCGAUCCUUUGAGACUUGGAAUGUGCAGCCGCAGGAAACCUGGCCCGCAGUGGAUUGGCGCUCCGCGGCCCCUUGUGGCUAUGGUGGCGUCUACGCGCCCGCGGCACCGGGUGCUGUGACCUAUGCGAACGCGUGGGGAUCGCAGCACCCGUGGCCGGCACCGGAGAACUGGUGGCGGUGA